UUUAAUAAAAGUGAAUAUAAAAUUCAUUUGUACUUCAGCGUAGCAGCAUUAAAAAAUGGUAUAAAUUGAUUAACCUGUUAGAGUCGGCUCAGUACCUCGAGAGAACUCCCGUAUUAACUUGAGACAAGGGAGUCAAGAGAACCUAACAAUGGGGACAGGUUGUAUGAGAACUACCUUGAGUUUAUUCUCAUUGAUAGUCAUAAUAAAGUGUUGUUUUGCGAACUUGUCUGCAGUUGGUGACAAUUUUAGGGCGUUGGCCAUGCCUCCGGACGGAGCUGGAGAGAGAGACGCCAUUCGAACAUCAUUCAGAAUUAUCCAUCCAGCCACGAUCAACGCCGAUGGCAGCUUCAAUGAUAUCAACUACGGAGAUAAAAGUGGUCGUAUAAAACAUGGGGAACGUUUAAGUAAACUCAUCCAAGCUUAUUAUCUAAAUAUACCAGUGGAUUACAAGUACAAUUAUUUUUAUCAGAAUUCAACUACUUGGCAGUGGAUCGCAAAAUCUUGGGAGUUCGUAGCCUAUGUCGCUCCUGACGUCACGGACUGGAACUGGUGGACGGCACAAAUCGGUACCCCAAGGUCCUUCUGGCAAGGUCUCUUCCUGUCAAGAGGAAAAAUCAGUGAUACAUUGUACGACGAUAUGAUCAAAAGAUAUUGGACGAAUGCUAAAGUUUGGGACGUUUCAACCAUAGAUGGUAAAAUGUCGGCAUCAAAUUUGGCCAAUAGGGGAUUUCUAGGGUUGUUUGAGACGUUUUAUCAAGGUGAAGGUCGAUUUAGUGACAGACGGAACGCGCUCCUUCAACUUUUGGAGAAGGAAGUAGUAAAUAAAGCUGCAUAUCAAGGAGAGGGUGUAGGAGCUGAUUAUUGUAUCCACGUACAUAACAUACAUGAGGGGGUAUGGGAGGUCCCUUACUACAGUUCACACCUACGAUUGAUGAUCUACAAUGGCGGAUACGGGGCAGAAUAUCUCAAGAGAUUUGCUUUCAUCUACAUUCUUCUUCAGAAAACUCCAUACCAGGUCGAUGAGGUCGUGUUGUCAGAAUUCAUUAAUGUGUUCUUGGAGUGUCAUCAAUAUUUGGUUCGCGGCAAAACAUUUGAGCCGUCCGCUGUCGGACGUAAUAUCGAUGAUAACCAGCGAGUGACUUAUUGGGCGGCUUACGACUCCGUGUACAAAGUCGCAGUAUUGCUGUUGCAACUUGACUUCCGCAGACAAGAAUUAGAAAACGUAAUUACAAGAUAUCAAAACAAUGGUCCAACUAGUGCGUCAAACGCCCUCAUUGGUAACAGGGGAUUAUUCGCCUCAGAUAUGAUGGUCCACCAUAGAUUAGGCUACAUGGCGAGUGUGCGUACCACCGUUGUCAUCAGUGGAAAGGUUCCCCAGGAGGGGAUGGAGAGGGUUGGCGGCAUUCCAAACUUUCCUCAUCACAUAAGCAAUGCCAAAUUUGUUGGCAGUGCCUCGGAUGGAAUGUACGGUGCUUCUGUGAUGGUCUACGAUCGUCCAACCGUCAAUAUAACAAUGAAGAAGUCUUGGUUUUUCUUUGAUGAUGAAGUCGUCUGCUUGGGUAGUGAUAUAGAGCGACGUGAAACCAAUGAGGUGACCGAACUACCGAUUAUCACUACGCUGAAUCAAAUAGUCCAAGAUGGUAACAUUGCGUAUAGCGUAUCAGGAACAUGGCAAACUGUAGGCUCGGACACGUCGUUACAAAUCCCAAAUGCUAAAUGGAUUCAUCACGCCAACAUGGGAUAUGUGUUUCCAAACGGGGCAGAUGCCAGUAUCGAAUCCUAUGCUAGGACAGCAAAUGGUAAAACUCUGGAAGUCGCUACCAUGUGGAUGGAACAUGGUGUUAAACCGUAUGCGUACAUCAUGUACCCAGGUGUAACCAUAGCUCAAACUGAGGAACGCCAGACUUAUCCAUCAGUGUUGAUCUUGCAACAGGACUCAAAUGCCCACACCGUGUACCAGUUAACACUUGAUAUACUCUCGAUGGUUGUAUUCUCCGGUCCAUACUCCUUUGUUCAUCCAAAAUCAUCUUACUCCAUUACAGUUGACAAGGCUUGUAUUGUGAUGAUUCAGCACCUUGGCAACAGUAUGUCAGUUACUGUUUCAUUCCCUACGCAGUUGGCUGCGACGGUCAGCAUUUCAUUAGGUCUGAAUGUAAACGGCGAUGGCGCACAUUACAAUCCAACUGAAAAGAAGUCGGUUGUGAAGUUCUCUUUCUCUGAUGAUUAUCUGGUUGCUGGAAAAAGUCAAACCAAGAAGUACGAGAUUGUCGCAUAA